GGCCAAGCAUUCAUACUGCCUACCUACCUACCUUACUCCAGCAUCGAUACCGCACUACAUCUCUCUCGCUGCAGCAUUCAAACACAUCAUCUGCCAUGCCUGGCAGGGCUGGCUCAGACGGGCCCACCGUCUCCAUGUCGUUCGCGAACAAUUUCUGGGGCAAAGAUGACGCUGGCGUCGACCCUCUCUUGCAGCGUAUGCAUAAUGCCAAGGUCACGAGCGACGAACUCAAGGCAUUCUACACAGCGCGUGCUUCGAUCGAAGACGAAUACGCGAAGAAGCUCCUCAGCCUGGCGCGGAAGCCUCUUGGAUCUGUCGAGACAGGGACCCUUCGAAUGUCGCUGGACGUCGUGCGGGGCGAGGUGGAGUCCAUGGGGAAAGCACAUCAGCAUAUCGCUCAACAGAUGCGUGGGGAGUUGGAAGAGCCGCUCAUUGUAUUCACAGGUGGUAUCAAGGAGCGAAGGAAGAUCAUACAGACUGGCAUUGAAAAGCUGCUCAAGACCAAGAACCAACAGACCGCCGUCGUGAAUAAGACGCGAGACCGCUUCGAGCAAGACUGCCUCAAGAUCAAGGGUUACCUGGCUCAAGGCCAUAUGGUCAUGGGGCAGGAAGAGCGCAAGAACAAAGCCAAGCUGGAGAAGACGCAGAUUCAAAUGUCGGCAAACAGCACCGAAUACGAACAAGCGGUGAAGAUCCUGGAGGAGACAACUGGCAGAUGGAACCGCGAGUGGAAGGCAGCCUGCGAUAAGUUUCAAGACCUGGAGGAAGAACGACUGGACUAUUUCAAGAGCAGUCUGUGGUCUUUUGCCAACAUUUCCAGUACUGUGUGUGUCAGCGACGACCAGUCUUGCGAGAAGGUCAGGCUGUCACUCGAAGACUGCGAAGUUGAGAAGGAUAUCGGUGGCUUUAUCAAGGACUUCGGCACAGGGCAAGAGAUUCCAGAUCCACCAAAGUACAUCAAUUUCUGCCGGGGAGACCUGGACGAUGUCAUUUCCAACCAUGAGUCCGAGGACGAGAACUACUCAGUCGCCCAGUUUGCGCGGACGAUGAACCCGACCUUCAGGACAUCUUCACCCCAGCCGAGCACAUUCGAAUCACAUCAUGACCCGGACUCCAGCCUCCGCGAAGAGAUGGGCAUUCCGAAAGCCCGAACCACGUCUGUCCAGCUAGAGGACACAUUCUCUGCAAAGGCUCGCAGCUCCCAUGGAAGUGCUGCAGCGCCUCCCCCACUGGUACCAAGCAAUGUCUCCUCAGUAGCUUCCAAUCCUUAUGAGAGCAUUCCCCAGAUUCCGCACAACCCGUAUCCAGCAGAUGGCAUGACGCAGUUCUGUCGACCAGGUAUGGGUCCUCCAUCGGAGCGCAGCUCAAUUCCAUCUCCCAUCAGACCUGGCAGCCGCGAGAGCCAAGGUGGCCACAGUGACUAUUCUGCUCCAACUUCAUUCUCUAGCAUGGAACCGACCAGUGGUGCAGCGUCCCCGACAAAGGGGUACGGCUACAAUGGAUCUAAUCUAUCCGGAGUGUCGAGUAUGUCUGGCGGUCCACCGGAAGAACGGUCUGUACAGAAAAAGAAGAGUGGCUUCUUCAACAGUCCUUUCAAGCGACGAGCAAGUACCAAGCGCAAAGAUGAACCUCAGCCAGCCGCGCCGGCGCCUGCACCAACCGGACGGAACACAUGGACUCCAGCGACAAUGCGCAAGGCCGAGAGUGCCGGGAGCAGUCCAGUCAAGCCGUUCGCAGCGCAAAACAGGUCAAGCACUUGGGGCAACAAGCAGCCUUCUGUCAGUCCAGAUCCCGAUGUUGAUCCUCGUGCCGACUAUCAACUGGGUAUUGGAAACAAUGUCUUCGACGUUGCUCACCCUACCAAGAAGCCACCCGUCAGAAGUAAGACCGAGAGUGAACUUGAUCCUAUCGCACAGGCCCUUGCAGAUUUGAAAGGGGUCACAAAGCAAGCUUCAACACGACAGUCUGCCGACCGCCACUAUGGCAUGUCUACUCCAGCUCCAGGCACAGAUGCUGCAGAACGAGGCGUUCCUGCUCCUUUCGCAGGAAAUGGCAAUAGAGGCACGCCACCCCCAGGCUAUACGCCAGCAAGCAGUUUAGGAGCCCCACCACCAGCGCAUACUAAACGAGAGAUGCAAAAGACUGCCGAGCAGUGGGGCACUCAGAAGCGUAAUAUGUUCAGUGCUGGUGCGUCUCGCCCUGGCAGCAGCAUGGGCCAGACAGCACGCGCUCCGUCCCCUGGACCACCACGAGCCGCAAGCCCUCGACCAUUCCAUAGUGGUGAUCAGCGCACACAGCCACAAUACCGCGCUGCAUCACCGAACCCGUACGUGGCACCUCGAGCAGCGUCUCCCAACCCAUAUGCAGGUGCUCCUCCAUCAGCUGCAAGGCCUCGAGCACAAUCCAACAGUCCUGUGAAGCCGCAGUACUCUGGACAAUUUCAGGGAGGGGCCUCACCAGUAUAUCCCGUUGCUCGUGCUGCUUCGCCAAACCCAGCCUACAACAGACCAGCGACAAGUGCAGGAGGCUCGGCUGGUCGACCGUCCAGUAGUCGCGGCUCCGAUCAUGCUGGUGGCGCCAUGGUCCUUGCUCCCGUUAGCCAGGACCCAUACGGGUCGCAGCGUGGCGGGCGUCCGGUCAGCCAUUACUACCCAGAGAACAGCGGCAACCAAGUCUCUUCUCAUGUCAGGAGUCAGAGCCAAGGAACACAAAGACAAUACACAAAGGACGGACGUCCGAUUCUGCAUUACUCUCGCGCCAUGUACAUGUAUCAAGCUGCGAUCCCAGAGGAGCUGUCAUUCAGCAAGGGCGACAUUCUGGCCGUAACCCGCCACCAAGACGACGGUUGGUGGGAAGCGGAAGUCAAUGGACGACUGGGACUGGUGCCGAGCAACUAUCUUAAGAAUUGUUAGGGACUGAUGAUGAGAUCGAGAACCCUGGGAAGUAAGCGCAAGGCGAGAUGGGAGGCCCUCUGCAAGGAUAAUGCACAUGAGAUUGGAAUGCCACGACAUCAGUUUGAAAGGGUUUGUUAUGGAGCUGGUGUGCCGGGGGACUAACUGCAAGCAAGCAAGCGUACAUGACAUUUUUUUCUUCGUUGCCUCUUCUUUGUGUUGCUUUCACAUAGCUUGUAUUGAAGGGUUCGUUCGUUGUAUAAAUUUAUUCUCCUUUAUAUUUUCUUUCCGAGCAUCACGACUGGGUACUGUAGGUAGGCUACGUUAUGGCUUGAAUGUAGGUAGUCGUGCCGCGAAUCCGCCGCCACUUGACGCCAGCUGAAUGCAUGCCCGCUGAAUAAAGAGAAGAAGAAGAUGCGUGGUAGGUAGGUAGGUAGUCAUACAAUCGUUGAAACUCGUAAAAUCAUUCUGUCUGUGACUUGAGGAGACAUUCUCCCCUUGAACCUCUCGCACCUGGCUGAGAUGGAUGACAUGCAUUGUGCAGCAAGAAAAAUCACUUCUUCUCCUGUAAUUCAGACUCCGUUCUGGGUAAUGGAACCUGCGCGGGUUCGGGCUGAUGCAGCGUCUUCUCCAGCUCGGCCUGAGUCGUUGCAUCAUCCUCGUUAUCGGAAGCGGAGACCUCAAUGUCUCCAUCUUCUUCCUCUUCUUCGAUAAUCUGGCUGCUGGCGGCAGAAGACUCGUUUGCCAGACGGACUUCUUUGCCGCGUUUAUGACAAUACCAGAAGACAAACAUCAGGAUGAAUACAGCCAGAGAGAGGACGACGUUCGUUGCGGAAGCGAGGAAGGGGAACCGGGUGGUUAAGAAUGUCACGGUAUUCCGCAACAUGGUUGCCACGACGCCUUCUUUACUCAUCAGCUUCUUCAAACCUGGUAUCGUACGCUUUUUCUUCUUCUUGUUAUUGUUCUCAACAUUGCUCGAGCUGGAUGUCGACGAGCCCUCGGCUGCCAUCUUGGCUUCCAUGUCAGCACCAGGCUUCGCACUCGCUGCAGCCAUAAUUUCUGGUGCAAGCGUGGUGCCAAUCUUGGCCGGUAGGCUCUUCACAAGCGUUUGCACGAACGGAGGCAUGGUCUUGAAUUGCUUUUCAAGAGUCGGUCCCGCCUCGCGCAUGAGCUUGUCCAUGUCAUCAUAGGCCGUCGGAACUCCGUUGAUUGUAUCCUUGAGCACUUGCGCAAAGCGCCCAUAGAACUUUUGUGUCUCUUGGUUGAAGGCGAACACGCGGUUGUUGAUGGCUGACAUGUUGAGGUUGUCCAGCAGGACAGAGACCUCCCUUUCUUCUUUUUCUCUCGUCUUCUCCUCGUUGAUAGUACCAUCUUCGUUGUAGACUGGUUGGGGCGUUGCAUCCUUGUCCUUUGACCACGUCCAGGACUCGGGCCAGGAAGGAAGAGAAUUGGAGAGAACGAGGUUCGAGGCAUACUCGCCCCAUGUUCGUUCUUGGCCUCCGGAAGCGUCUCCUGUGGUAUCCUUCUGCGAUGCAAUGGUCCCUUCUUCACUUGUACCCUCUUUCUUCGUAGGCUGGAGUUUGGCUGGCAGAUACGAGGUCCAUGUCUUCUUCUCAGGCGUGCUAGCUGCAUCCUUGUCGCCAUCCAGCUUUACGGCUGAGUUCCAGCCUCGCGUCGUCGCUUCUGCCUCCUCCUGACUGGGCAGCUCAAAGCUCUUCCUCGCUUCCUUUUUGACUGGCGCAUCCACCGACUUUGGCUGUGUCUCUGGCACGACAAUAUUGCCUUCUGCUGCUUUCGCCUCUGCUGGCGUGGCGUCCUUUACUUCUCCUUCAUCGCUGAUCUUGGCGACGUCAGCGGGUCGAGGUGGUAGAUCGGGCUUUGGGCCUUCGUCCUGUGACAGGUGCCGCUCCAAGAACUUUUCGUCCUCAUCCUUCAGUACCGGUUGUGUUGGGUUCGUUUUCUCGAGUUCUUCCUGGUUCUUCUUUGCUCUCGCGAACGACGGCAGCGUGAAGUAGGACGACAUGCCGUGGAUACAACAACGCCUUGGAGGUUGUACAGCAAUUCGGGGGCGGCGGGGAGUGAGUUGGUAGGUU